AGAGCCCCGCCGCAGCGGGAGUGAGUAUUGAGGCUGCCGCGGGCGUCGCCGCCAGCAGCGGCCCCAGGGCUGCCGGGAGCCCCCCUGCGGCCCUGCACAGCAAGUAAAGACCCCCCGACGCAGGUUUUUUCACCAGUGGAGUGUGAGAAAUAGAGGCUGAAGAUGAGUGAGCUGGAACAGUUACGGCAGGAGGCAGAACAGCUGCGAAAUCAAAUCAGAGAUGCAAGAAAAGCAUGUAGCGACACAACUCUUGCUCAGAUCACAACAAGUCUGGACUCAGUGGGUCGAAUUCAAAUGCGAACAAGGCGUACGCUUAGAGGUCACUUAGCCAAAAUCUAUGCUAUGCACUGGGGAUCGGACUCAAGGCUACUAGUCAGUGCUUCUCAAGAUGGAAAAUUAAUUAUUUGGGAUAGUUAUACAACAAAUAAGAUGCACGCCAUUCCUUUGAGAUCCUCCUGGGUGAUGACUUGCGCGUACGCACCGUCUGGAAACUACGUUGCUUGUGGUGGAUUGGACAACAUCUGUUCCAUAUACAACUUAAAAACCAGAGAGGGCAAUGUGAGAGUGAGCCGAGAGCUGCCAGGGCAUACAGGUUACUUGUCCUGUUGUCGCUUUCUGGAUGACAACCAAAUUGUCACUAGCUCAGGAGACACCACUUGCGCUUUGUGGGAUAUUGAAACCGGUCAACAGACCACCACAUUCACUGGGCAUACUGGCGAUGUGAUGAGUCUCUCUCUAAGUCCAGAUAUGAGGACUUUUGUUUCGGGUGCCUGUGAUGCCUCCUCAAAGCUUUGGGAUAUUCGAGAUGGAAUGUGCAGGCAGUCAUUCACAGGGCAUGUGUCAGAUAUUAAUGCAGUUUGUUUUUUCCCUAAUGGACACGCAUUUGCCACUGGAUCUGAUGAUGCCACUUGCCGACUCUUUGACCUCCGUGCCGAUCAGGAAUUAAUGCUGUACUCUCACGACAACAUCAUUUGCGGGAUCACUUCUGUAGCCUUCUCGAAAAGUGGCCGCCUCUUGCUAGCAGGUUAUGAUGACUUCAACUGCAACGUGUGGGAUACUCUGAAAGGGGAGAGAGCAGGUGUCCUUGCUGGCCAUGACAACCGUGUGAGCUGUUUAGGUGUUACUGAUGACGGCAUGGCUGUAGCUACAGGGUCUUGGGACAGUUUUCUCAGAAUCUGGAAUUAACUGGGAGCCAAACAUGUACAUUCUCCAUUUGAGAUCUGGAGAGAUCAAUGCUGCAGCCUAUAGCUGUGAAAUAACAUUUCUACCUUGUAUUUGCAGGUGAAGUUUUUUCUAUUCACUGAUUAUUACACAAAAAGGCUUUCUGUAAACUAGAAAAAAAAAUCAAGUGAAGAAAUAGGGAGGGGGGAAGAAAUCACUGACUUUUUAAAAGGGGCCAGCACACAUAAUCAUGGUGACCGACAAACUAAGAGCCAGUCUUUUCGUUUUUGGUGGUUUGGUUAGAUUGUCCUUGAAGGGUUUUUGCUUGUGCUCAGUCUGCUACUCCUGUACUUUUUUUUUUCUGUACAUAACAGAAUAUACACGUUAUAGCGGCCAAUCAUGUAACAUGUGUCUGUAUGUAAAGAAAUAUGUUUGCAUUUUUUUAAGGAACUACAUUUAUAGCUUUGCUUUUAACCCAAGAUGUCACUUCGAGUUUUGUAGUGGAUGAACUAGAUUGCUGUUUUAAAUGUUUUUGUGAAUUUACUGUAGAUAAAGUGAAGCCAAUGGUAUGUAUGUGUUUUUAUAAUGGAAGGCAUUUGAACUCUUGUUUUUUUUAAAGGCCCUGGAGACUCCCAGUUAAUACCUACCGCCUUACACACUCACUUCUUGAUCUGCUUGCAUAUUUUUAAUCCUGGGGGUUCCUCCUUCAACCUAGUGGUUCCUGGUUCAUCCAUUUGCAUUCAUGGCCUCCAAACACCAAGGAGUUAACACCAGGCAGACCUGCAACAACAGCAAAAAUAAUUAUGAAAUAAUAACAUUUUAUAAAUCAGAAGUAUUAGAGCUUCCUUACUGCAGCUUUUCAUGUCAGUUACUCCAUGCAGUCCUCGGGUAUGGAAGCCCAGUGCCCUCCAUUGCUGUCAUUAAGUGGCCAAGUGCUUUUCCUUCCAACAGUUCAACUCUAACUAAACGAGGUUGCUUCAACCCAUCCCAGACUCUGGCUGACCUGCACUCCCAGACUCACUGGGCAUGCUGCUCAGUGCAGGGAGCUGUGUAUUUGCAAAGUGUGCUCAAUUACCACAAUCAGCUGAGAAAUUCAGGAGGACGUUGCUUAAAUUCUUAGCAUAGAUUUAAAUGUGCAGUUAAUCGCCUGUAAUUCCCCUCAAAGUUAGGGGCUUGCCAAAGCAUACCACAACCAAAAGCACUUGUCAGUUAUGUGCAGUGUGAAGUCUAAAAGGAACUGUGUAACUUGCAACAAACCAAAUAACAUUACUUACCUGUGUGACCCUUUAAAACUUCACCCUGUCAACUUUGUGACUUGCUUCUUCUCCUGUGGUCACAGAGCUCUGUGCCGUGGGGGCUUAUUAGAUGCUAAUUGUUCUGCAGCUCUGACACUGUAAAUAGCCAUUUCCUCUCCCCUUCCUGAUUUUAUUCUGAUUUUAAUGUCAGCUGCUUAUAAUGAUAGGUUCUGAUCAAGUACAGGUGAGUGUAGGUGUAAGAAAAUCAAGGGACCUAUGCCUGUUUGAAGUGACCCGAGAUCAGUUAACUUCUUGGUGUCUGGCAGCACUCCUGCACUUGCAGUAGAUGUUGUCUUGGAACCUGGAUGUCUGUGGCAUUUUUGGAAAAGGGAAUUAAGUCCUGUUGGCUUCUCGUAAGUGGCUUUUUUAAGAUAAAGCAAAUUUCAUAUCAUCAGGUUGGAAGGUAAUGUUGAUCUGCCCUCAUCUGAAGCUACGGGGAGCCUGGGUAUCUUGGGGCCAGGUAGGAAAUAAAAGGGCCUGGUAUCUUGUAAUACACCACAGCAGAUUUGUGGCUGAGAUGACUCCUUGUCAAGUUUCUGCCAUUUUAAAAUCUUAAAUUCUGGUACUUCCAGACUGUGCCUGUAAACCUGCCAUGUCUGUAAUGGUGAAGGUGCCAAGAAAUGUACCAGUCAAUCACAGUAAAUUCACCUUUAGAAAAAGGUGCGCCUUGUGCUGGAGAAGUAAACAUUUCCUGACAGCAGACUGCGGUGUAGGACCAAAAUCACACUGUAUUGUAUGUCACAGGGAUGCCUCAGCAUUUUGCUUUAUGAUGUCUGCAUUAACAGAACUAUUACAGAAUUCCUGUUACUCUCUCAAGCGAGCAGCUCUUUGGGAUCUUGCAGACAUGCUUUAUUUUUUCAGUGGUGCGCUUGUUUUUAACUCACAGCUGCCUUGAGCGAAUCAUUCUGGAAAUUUGUUACUAAGGCAUUUUAAGAAAAUCUUCUUUUUCUAAAAAGUGUUUUUCCAUAGAAGUGUUUUGAACCAAUUUCCUAAUGAACGCCUUGAAGAAGACAGGUGCCGUUUUUACAUUAUUCUGGUAUUAAGAACUAGUUUCUACUUGCAAAACUCCAAUAAAUUUUACAGAUGUAUAUAAUUUUUCUCAGCAGUUCAGGUAGACUGUAAUGUGGUCAUGGUUCUUGAGCAGGGAUUGCCACAAAUAAUUUCGUUGUCAUUGUUUGAUGGGCAACUGUCUGUUGGAUUCAGCUGCUUUUAAAAUAAGAAAUGCCAACUACAUGCUAAUGAGGUUUCCAAAAGCAUCAUGCAGGUAUCUGCUGGCUUCUGCCAUCCACUUAACCAGUGUCUGUAGUAUCACAGGUCCCAAGGUGGCUCCUUCUGUGCUGGUGAACAAGGACACCUGGAAGGAGCCCAUGCACAACGGGGGAAAAAAGGUAUUGAUGCUUCUGGGGAGCUUGUAGGAAUCUGGUGGUAGAUCCCACCAAAGUGAUGUGUGCUGUUGAGUUACUGUCCUGGAUAGAGCUUAGAUUUUGGUUGUUUUUUGUUUAAAGCCUACAGAUUCAGUGUAAGGCAUUGCUGUUAUAUGAGGCCAAAUAACAAACUUGCAUAGGCUGGGUUAUUUCCUUCUUUCUGCAGUGAUCAGUGGCCUUUCAAGAUUGAUGCCUUUACUAAAAUGGAUGGGGUUUUUAUGGUAGAAGCUCAAACUCCUCCUAACAUGAGGAAGGUAAUGAAAUGACCCUUCUUCAGAUUUACUUCAAAGGUUUUACUCCCAGUUUUGAAUCUCAAACAAAAGGGAGUGUGCCUAUAGUUUAAAGUAGGUUCAGGUAUGUGUCUUGUGUGAUUUCUGCCUGUGCACCACAACCUUCUUACACUGGAGGUUUUGCAGCACUAGUGGGUCCAUUGGAACCCAUCUGUAAUGGUUUGUUGCCAAACCACAUCAUUACCUGAAUGUCACACAACUUCUGUAAUUACAGGAAUGGAGGAACUAAGACCACUGUGCCAAAACGGUGGCAACGUAACUCUUAACCCAGCCUCCCAGGCUUGGAAAGUGGAGCUAUGUGCUUUGGGUAACAAGGUAUCUUUUAUUCAGGUACAGUAUUUUUGUCAGCAUUUUCUAGUGUCGAUGUAUCUUUGCAAUAGCAAAUACUCAUCAGGCAAGCGCCCAACCCAGGCUUGUUCCUGUGUAGACUCAGACAUGGGUUCGUUGGUAGAGAUACUGGUUCAGAUUCUGGAAACCACAAGAAGCUUCUCUGUGGCAUUAUGCUGAUGUGUACUCGCUUCUUCCAAUACCGUGGGCCUAUUUCCAUCUGUCUCCAGACCUUUAUUCUUCCAAACAUUGCUAUCCUCUGCCUUGCUAAAUUGCAGGUACGGCGCAGUAUCUGGCAGAACUGAUAGUUCAAUGUAUUGACAACAGUACAAUCCAUUUCAAAUGGAACUCAGAUUAAAUGGGCUUUUCCCCCUGCCACAGGAGAGGGCCUGACCUUGACUUGGCAAAGCUGAACUGCUAUAACAGCUGGUCCUAGUGUGCUUACUGUAAUGCAUGGGUUGGAACUAGUUACUCUUUAAUUCAGUUUGUGUAACCGCUUGUCCCACAAUGAAGUUCACAUUACUUUAAGGUGGAAUGAAACCAUUGUGAAAACAUUCCAAGAGUGCUUAGUCUUUCCUCUUUGAGGACACUGUCACCUCCACUAGGUUUAGUGCUGUGCUUUAAGAUGUUGGUGAGAGUAUUGGCUAAUUAAACUAGUUGGUAUAAAUGGUCGUGUAGCAGAAUGACUGAUUUUUGAGAUAGCAUUUCCUGUACAAGUACUUAAGCAUGGGUUGAUGGUGCACUUUGUAUACCGUAAUCUGGCAUGCAUGCUGGUAAAACUACUUCCUACACUUCGGAGGCACCACAAGCCUUUUUAUCCAAUUGCUGGUUAUGUAAAAUACAUGCAGAAUGUUAAUGCAGUGUUGUUAUGGUAAAUGUGUGAACAGUGUUACUAAUUGAUAUAAUAACUGAUAACAGAUUACAUGUGCCUGACAUUCUUAUACCACACAGUAUGUUUAGGUUUUAACUAAUAUGGACUUCAGUGGAAUAGUCUUAGGUAUUUCAAGCCUUUGUUUUACUUACACAAUGGUGCUCUCUUUGUGUUUUUUCUCCUUUUUUAUUUUGAAAAACAAAAAGCAUCUGAACCCUUGUAGUACAUAUUACGUCCAAAGGAGUCCAAAAAAAGUGCUUCUGAACAUGCUUGGUUUUAAUUUGCCUUUAGUUUCCAGCAGUUCUCAUCAGCUUCAUUUCUGGUUUGUUUUGUUUCAUUUUUUAACUUGUUGCUGACUACUUUGGAAAACUUCAGUAAUGUUACCAAUUAUGAAGUGAUUCUGCACUGCCUUUGGAUUGUGUAUGUAUUCAGAAACAGUCUUAAAGCUUUUAUUUAAGCUAUUAAAAAAACCAGGGACUUGUGCCAUUUGGUCUUUAACAGUGCUGUUGUAAAAAGACUUCCCUGUGAAAAAAAAAUCACUUGCUAUGAACUCUGUUUAUAGCUUCUUUUUUUUCCACGAUGGAUCUUUUUCUUUGUAUUUGUACAGUGGCUCAGUGAAAGAUGUUGCCAUGAGUUGAUAUUGUAACCAAUAAACAAGUGCUUUUAACCAGA